UCCUCCUCCACCUGCACCUCUUCCUCUUAUUUCUCACCGCAGACUCCUCCACCACCUGCCACAGCAGCUACGCGGCGAUGGAGAGCCACUGCAAAUGAUAAUAAGCUCACAGAAGACCACAAUUGACAGAGGGAGACAGAGAAGGACACACAGAGGGGAGGACAGACCCAGAGAAAGACAGACAGAAACGGAGAGAGACGAGCGGAAACAGAAACAUAUGGUUUGUCUGAAGAGCAGCUGUUAGUGAGGACUGCUGAACCCGGACUGAAACUUAUUCAACCACCGUCAUCAGAUAAAACCCACACUUGAUUCGUGCAUCUCAUUUCCUGACACUUGUUUGCCUUAUUCCUGUGCGCUCUCACCUGCGCGUAAAUACACCUCUGUUUGAUUAGUUUGUGCGGGCUGGAUUGCGGUUGUUGUACCUCCCCUGAACGCGCGCACACACACACGCACACCGAUCAUCACAAGACGCGGUGCAGCCCACAAAAGCUUCUUGCAAGGAGGAAAUUGAAUUAGACAAGUUAUUCUCACACAAGAGGAGGACAAGAGCGGCUGGCUCUCUGCUUUGCCUUCAUUCCCCCGCCUCACCGUGUGUCCUCCGGGCCCGACAGGAGUCUCUCAGACCCCCUCCUCCUCCUCUCUCUUCUCCCAGCUCCCCCCCUCUCCGGUAACAAGCCAUGUCUGGGCAGACUGUGACCAUCCCGGACGACCGGGCGUUCGCCAGCUUCAAGGCGGAGUGUCUGUGCGAGGAAGGCUGGAAUGUGAGCCACAACAAGGGGGGCAUCACGGUGUGGAUCCAGGCUCUGGAGGAAGGGAAGUCCAUCCACAAAAUUAAGUGUCGGAUGGUAUGUAAGGACGUAUCAGCUGAGACCAUAUACGACGUUCUCCACGACAUUGAAUACAGAAAGAAAUGGGACAGAAACGUCAUUGAGACCUUCGAUAUCGGGAAACUUACGGUCAAUGCGGAUGUCGGUUACUACUCAUGGAAGUGUCCAAGUCCUCUUCGGAACCGCGAUGUUGUCACGCUUCGCUCCUGGCUGCCAAUGGGGAAAGAUUACAUCAUCAUGAACUACUCUGUCAAACAUCCUAAAUACCCUCCUAAAAAGGAUCUGGUGCGAGCUGUGUCCAUUCAGACUGGCUACAUGAUCCAGAGCCAGGGACCAAGCAGCUGUACCCUCACUUACAUGGCCCAGGUAGAUCCACGAGGUUCCUUACCCAAGUGGGUUGUCAACAGGUCUUCCCACUUCCUUGCUCCUAGCGCGCUGAAGAAAAUCAACAAAGCCUGUUUGAAGUAUUCAGAGUGGAAGCAGAGACACAACCCCGGCUUCAAGCCCUGGCUCUUCCCUGAACAGACUACAUUACCCAGCAUCCCGCUCUCUGAGCUCAGCAUCCAGCAUGCUGAGAGCCUGGAGAAUAUUGAUGAGAGCUCCCUGGCUGAGACCCAGGAGAGAGAAGACAGCGACUAACACACACACUCGCACACACACACUCGCACACAUAGUCAACUAUUCAUAGACACACACAAACAGUAAUGCAGGGUUACAUGCAUGCCUGAUACACAUCCAUAAUUAUACUUAUGUACUUAUGUGUGAUUCUGUAUAUGAGUAUAUAUGUAUGCACAUGCAUACGGUUGCAUAUGCAGGCAUACUAACAUGCACCUAUAUGGAAUCAUUCAUGCACACAGACAAACUCAUACUUGAUCAACCCCAUCUCAUGCCUACAUAAUGUAUGAACACAUAUACGCGACAUAGAUGCACUCACACACACACGCCCACUCACAAGGGGCACUGAAAACUACUUAUUUUUACAUGUCAGUAAACCCAUAGUCACUGUAAUCAGAAAAGUGUCUUUUAGUGUUAUUUUUCACGUCUCUUCAAAUGAUAUCAAACUUUCUUAUUUGGACCUAUACAGACUGUCAUAGCAAAAUAUAUUUUCAGUAAGAAUUACUGUUGAAAUGUUUACAGACUAACCAGACAGUGGACAUCCAUAUCUCAUUGAAAAUAUGAACAAUGGAUUUCAAAAUGAUACUCUCCAUCAUGUAUACACACUCAGUUUGUGUCUCUCUGACCAUGUUGUCUCUGUCCCUCAUUAUGUGUCUCCAUCCCAAUUUUUGUAAGCACAUAAUAAAUAUGCAGGUGUGCAGAAGGCAGCUGGAACCCCCUUUACCUGCGACUCUUUCGUACAGACACACACAUACACAUACAGAUUUUACACACGUACUGUCUGCUCCUCUAAUUGAGAGAUGUAUGAAUGUAUGUAGAGUUUAAAAAUUAAAAUCAUAUUCCUACAAAGGUUUUCAAAUUUCA